UAAAGCUAGCAAGAGUUGAACACAAAGCUAGAUUCAGUAGUGCAAGCUUGCAGAGCAAAUUGAAACAUGGCGUCGAGUGGCACUAGUCAAUCUGGACACCUACCUCCACCCCAGCAAGAUAUAGAGGAGCCCGAUGAGGCAGUGCCCGAGCAAGAGCCGUCGCCGCCAGUGGCAGCACAGCCCGCACCCCAGCAAGAGAUAGAGGAGCCGGAUGAGGCAGUGCCCGAGCAAGAGCCGUCGCCGUUAGUAGCAGCACAGCCCGCACCCCAGCAAGAGAUAGAGGAGCCGGAUGAGGCAGUGCCUGAGCAAGAGAUAGAGGAGCCGGAUGAGGCAGUGCCAGAGCAAGAGCCAUCGUCGCCAGUGGCACCACAGCCCCCACCCCAGCAAGAGAUAGAGAAGCAGGAUGAGGCAGUGCCUGAGCAAGAGAUAGAGGAGCCGGAUGAGACAGUGCCGGAGCAAGAGCCAUCGCCGCCAGUGGCAAUACAGCCCCCACCCCAACAAGAGAUAGAGGAGCCGGAUAAGGCAGUGCUUGAGCAAGAGAUAGAGGAGCCGGAUGAGGCAGUGCCGGAGCAAGAGCCUUCGCCGCCAGUGGCACCACAGCCCCCACCCCAGCAAGAGAUAGAUGAGGUAGAUGAGGCAGUGAUUGAGCAAGAGAUAGAGGAGCCGGAUGAGUCAGUGCCGGAGCAAGAGCCUUCGCCGCCAGUGGCACCACAGCCCCCACCCCAGCAAGAGAUAGAGGAGGUAGAUGAAGUAGCGCCCGGGCAAGAGCCACUGCCGCAAGUGGCACCAGAGCCCGCACCCCGGGAAGAUCAAGAACCAGCGCCUGGUGAUGGCAGCACGAAAGUUCGUAUGUUUGCCGAGUUCUUUGAUCUGCCGAAGAAGACACCACACUGGAGGUGGCCAUGGGCGACGAGGAAGGCCAUUCGCCCUGAGAUGCUUAUGCGCGUCGUCAGAUGUGGACACUGCCAGAAGUUGGAGGAUCUUAGCCGGCCUCAGUCGCCUAUUGAACCAGAUCACCGGGUGACCGUGUCGGUGCUUCCCGACCAGAUCGCCUUCGAGGGUAACUCCUGUCUCACCUGCGUCAAGAUGAUUUACGAGAAGACCCGGCCAUCUUUAGAGCAAGUGGGCAGCGACACACCACUGCACUACGCUGCCAGGUCCAGAAACUUCAAAAUGCUUUUCCAUUUCAUUUGUCUGAUCGGCGACGAGUACGGUCUUGAAAGAGUGGCACAGGUGCUCAGGAAGCUCAACGGUCGUAGGGAGACGGCCUUGCACGAGGCGAUAUGGCAGGGAAACAAGUACAUGGCCGACUUCCUGAUGCGGGUGGAUCCAAAGCUGGCAGGGUAUCCUCCAGCUGGUACGGGCACCUCACCGCUAUACCUAGCUAUCUCCUUGGGAUACACAGACAUCGCACAGAUGUUGUACAGCACAAGGGGCGGCAACCUGUCCUACUCCGGGCCAGAUGGACAGAACGCGUUGCAUGCUGCGGUUCUCCAUUCACAGGAUAUGAUAAAACCGCUACUGGAUCGGAAUGAGGAUCUUAGCAAAGAGAUGGAUGAAAACGGCAGCACCCCUCUUCAUUGUGUGGUUUUGGCACAGACACCAUUUAUUCGUAUAUGUUCCUUUCCUUUCCCUGCAUUUUGGUUUCCGUCACAAAGUCUUCCAACAGGGCGAGUACUUCAUGCUAACACAUCUGCAGCAUGCCAGCCAGAUAAAAAUGGUUUAUUUCCUGUACACAUUGCUGCCAUGAUGAAUAGUAGAAUUGCCAUCCAUGUUCUGCUCACACUAUACCCUCGUUGCAUCGGAUUUCCUGAUAACCAGGGAAGAUCCUUCCUUCAUAUUGCUGCCCAGAACAAGAACUCCCUUGUAGUAAGAUAUGCUUGCAGUGUAUCGCGUCGGGAUUUUGGAUCGAUAAUGAAGUCGAUAAUGAACGCUCAGGACGACGAUGGCAACACCGCACUACAUCUAGCUGUGGAUGCUGGGGAUCUAUCUUCUUUCUGUGCACUGCUGGGGAACCGAGAAGUAUUAUUAAAUAUCAGAAAUAACAAGAACCAAACUCCACUGGAUUUGGCAUGGAGCAAGAGGAAAGGUUUUGCGUACGGAUGGAAUCCAGAACAUGUGAUGUACAGAACUCUUGUACGUGCCGGCUCUAGUCAUGCUAGCUUUUGGAGAGAUCGUCUUCAACAACUUUGCAAUUUAGUGCCACUAGAAAGUCAAGAGGAUGAAGAGAAAGAUCUAGCAGAAAAAAAAGAGGAUGAAGGGAAAGAUCCAGCAAAAGAAAAAAAAGAGGAUGAAGAGAAAGAAGAGUCAGCUAAAGUGACAGAUUCAACUCGGACACUUGGCAUUGGCUCGGUACUCAUAGCAUCAGUGACAUUCACUGCAACCUUCACCGUACCUGCAGGAAUCAAAGCCAGCGACCAUACCAAGGAUGGCAGACCAGGACUUCUCGGUAUGUGGUAUUACAAUGCGUUCAUGAUGGCCAAUACAUUGGCUUUCAUCUGCUCCUCCAUAGCUACUGUUGGUCUCAUGUACGCGGGCAUGCCAUUGGUAAAAUUGCCGAUCCGUCGUAGGCAUUUUGUGGGAUCAGUCUUCUUCGCCUCGAGUUCGCUCACAUGCUUGAACAUUGCCUUUGCACUAGGAGUAUAUAUGGUGUUGGCUCCAGUUAGUCGUGAGACUACAAUUGCCAUAUGCGUCUUCACUCCUCUUGUGCUGAUCUACCGUAAUGCAGAACACCUUCAUAAAAUGGUUAUUACUUGGUCACCGAUAUAUGUCAGACGGGGGUUUAUGUUUGCAUGUUGGUCAUUCAUAUGGAGUAUCUUUAUGCGGUCAAUAAUGGAGUUCUGGCCCUUUGUAGCCAUCUUCACUUGGGCAGCGCAUAGGAAAACAUCAUCAACAGUGGCUUGAAGAAGUGCCAUCAGUCAGAUCUCCCGAGUGGUUACUUAAUUACUACGUAGGUAACUCGAUGGGAGAUCUAUGUUAGAUCCUUUUGUGCAGACAUAUUUCUUUCCCAAUAUAAGAAAUUUGACUACAUCUUGGCUCCAAUGUAAUAAGUAAUGGUGUUAUCAUCCAUGUAAAACG